UUUUUGAAUCAGAAACUUUUGAAUUGAAUGAAGCUGAUAUAAUAUUUGAUGAUAAUUUUAAGUCUGAUAGUGAAUUUGAUGAGUUUGAAAGUAAAAAUGAGGAAAGUUUAGAUAAAAAUGAUGAAGGUGAUAUUACAAUUGAACAAAACAAUUUAAAUAAUUUAAUAUCAUAUGUAUUAAUUGAUAAAAUUCAAAAAUGUAACAAUAUCAAAAGUUUUCAAACAUUAUGGCAAUUAGUUAGAGUAUAA